AUGAUGCGACUAUUACAAUUUCUCUUUAUCUUUCAUUUCGCCGUUUGUCAAACAGCCGAAAAAAAAUAUUAUAUUCGAAAAGAUUUAAUUUCUGGAAUGAAAGCUGGUGAAUAUUCUAUUUAUGAUCCAAAAGGACAAACGAUUCAGUAUCGAAUCGAAUCUCAUUUAUCAUUUAGACAGAACAUUGACCUUAUUUCGUAUCCAUCGAAAAAAUUGGUGGGCAAACUCAAACAACAGUAUGCAACGAUGAUCUACAAAGCUCGAUUUGCCGUUUUCGAUGAUUCAACUGAGCAAUGGGCUAAUGGAACGAUAUUUCAACACUUUAAGCUUGUAGAUAUGAAAUUUACGAUUGAAUGGAGCAAUCGACGUAUUUCUAUGGCAUCCGAUGCAUUUUCAUUUGUUACCCGAUUCUAUGAUGAGAAAGAGCCAAGCAAAGUUUUAGCCCAAUUUACUAAGCGGAUUACAUCAUAUUUAUUUGUGAGCAAGUUCGACAUGGAAAUCUUUGAAAAUGACUUACCGGAUGCUCUGUAUCUUUUGUGCCUUGCUGUUAGAGACCUGCUUAGUCGCACUCAGAACUAA